UUUUUAAACAAAUCUUUCAUUUGCUCACCUUUCUUUCCCAAUUUUCCCAUCCCUAACUUCUUCACUGAGAACAAAUAAUUAAAAGACUACCCCUCCUCUCGGCGGCGGUAGCACCUGCAAAACCUCCGAGCACAGCGACCUCCCAGCCCGACCGCCCUCCCUCUCCGCGCGCGGGUUCCGGGCCCGGCGAGAGGGCGCGAGCGCAGGCCGAGGCCAUGGAGGUGACGGCGGAUCAGCCGCGCUGGGUGAGCCACCACCACCCCGCAGUGCUCAACGGGCAGCACCCGGACACGCAUCACCCGGGCCUCGGCCACUCAUACAUGGACCCGGCGCAGUACCCUCUGCCAGAGGAGGUGGAUGUACUUUUUAACAUCGACGGCCAAGGCAACCACGUCCCAUCCUACUACGGAAACUCAGUGAGGGCCACCGUGCAGAGGUACCCUCCGACCCACCACGGAAGCCAGGUGUGCCGCCCUCCGUUGCUGCACGGAUCCCUGCCCUGGCUGGAUGGCGGCAAAGCCCUGGGCAGCCACCACAGUGCUUCGCCCUGGAACCUCAGCCCCUUCUCCAAGACCUCCAUCCACCACGGCUCCCCGGGGCCCCUCUCGGUCUAUCCCCCGGCCUCGUCCUCUUCCCUGUCUGCGGGCCACUCCAGCCCUCACCUCUUCACCUUCCCGCCCACCCCACCGAAGGACGUCUCCCCGGACCCGUCCUUGUCCACACCGGGCUCGGCGGGCUCUGCCCGGCAGGAUGAGAAGGAGUGCAUCAAGUACCAGGUGUCCCUGCCGGACAGCAUGAAGCUAGAGUCGCCGCACUCCCGCGGCAGCAUGACGACCCUGGGAGGGGCCUCUUCCUCGGCCCACCACCCCAUCACCACCUACCCGCCCUACGUUCCCGAAUACAGCUCCGGACUCUUCCCACCCAGCAGCCUGCUGGGGGGCUCACCCACUGGCUUUGGAUGCAAGUCGAGGCCCAAGGCGAGAUCCAGCACAGAAGGCAGGGAGUGUGUAAACUGCGGGGCAACCUCAACCCCACUGUGGCGGAGAGAUGGGACCGGGCACUACCUUUGCAAUGCCUGUGGACUCUACCACAAAAUGAAUGGGCAGAACCGACCUCUCAUUAAGCCCAAGCGAAGGCUGUCGGCAGCAAGAAGAGCAGGUACAUCCUGUGCAAACUGCCAGACUACCACUACCACUCUCUGGAGGAGGAAUGCCAACGGAGACCCUGUCUGCAAUGCCUGCGGGCUGUACUACAAGCUGCACAAUAUUAACAGACCCCUGACUAUGAAGAAGGAAGGAAUCCAGACCAGAAACCGAAAAAUGUCUAGCAAAUCCAAAAAGUGCAAAAAGGUGCAUGAUACGCUGGAGGACUUCCCCAAGAGCAGCUCGUUUAACCCCGCCGCCCUCUCCAGACACAUGUCUUCCCUCAGCCACAUUUCACCUUUCAGCCACUCCAGCCACAUGCUGACCACUCCAACACCGAUGCACCCACCGUCCAGCCUCUCCUUUGGACCUCACCAUCCUUCCAGUAUGGUCACCGCCAUGGGUUAGAGUCCCUGCUCGAUGCUUAGAGGUCUCCAAGCGAGAGUCCCUCCAACCCCUUAUACUUGCAUUUUUGCAGGAGCAGUAUCAUGAAGCCUAAAACCGAUGGAUAUGUUUUUGAAGGCAGAAAGCAAAAAUGAUGUUUGCCACUUUUGAAAAGGAGCUCACUGUGGUGUCUGUGUUCUCAACCACUGAAUCUGGAUCCCAUUUGUGAAUAAGCCAUUCAGACUCAUAUUCCCUAUUUAACAGGGUCUCUAGUGCUGUGAAAAAAAAAUUGCUGAACAUUGCAUAUAACUUAUAUUGUAAGAAAUACUGUACAUUUGAGGAAGACUUUAUUGCAACUGGGUAGCUGUAAGAAAGGCAUGAAGGACGCCAAGAAUUUUAAGGAAUAUGGGGGAUAUACAGUGUGGAAAUUAAGAAGAAUCUAGGUCUAAUAACCAAAUGGACAGACUGCCAGUUUUGUUUCCUUUUACUGGCCACAGUUGAUCAAUGCAUUAAAAGAGAA